CGCGCGCGAACAUUACUAGUGUAAAAGUGCCCCGCGGUUGCCCAUGCGCUCGCAGUUCGCGCCUUACUACUCGACUGUUGCUCACGUUGCUUUGCCAUAGCUUAGCUAUACUGCAUACCAAUACACCAGUGUCUUUAGUGAAAAUUUGUGUAGGAGCCUUUGCUUCAUCGUGAAAAUGGAGGCGCUGAGUAGGCUAGUCGAGGGCUACCAUGACUUGAUGGACAACAAGAGUGACCAGAGGGUGAAAGACUGGUUUCUGAUGUCGUCGCCCUUCCCCACGCUGGCGAUAUGUCUCACCUAUGUGUUCACAGUCAAAGUGCUGGGCCCGAAGUUAAUGGAAAAUAGAAAACCGUUCGAGUUGAAAAAUAUAUUGAUAUUCUACAACUUGUUCCAAGUGAUAUUCAGUGUAUGGUUGUUCUACGAGAGUUUGAAGAGCGGUUGGUUCACCACGUACAGUUUUCGGUGUCAGCCUGUUGACUACUCGAGGUCUCCAGAAGCGAUGCGGACAGUCCACGGUUGCUGGUGGUAUUAUUUCUCGAAAUUCACAGAAUUUUUCGAUACGAUCUUCUUCGUAAUGCGCAAGAAGUUUGACCACGUGUCGAAGCUCCAUGUGAUCCACCACGGAAUCAUGCCGAUGUCAGUGUGGUUCGGAGUCAAGUUCACACCAGGCGGUCACUCAACUUUCUUCGGAAUGCUGAACACCUUUGUGCACAUUGUGAUGUACUCGUACUAUCUCCUGGCUGCCCUCGGCCCUAAGGUCCAGAAGUACCUCUGGUGGAAGAAAUACUUGACGGCGCUACAGAUGGUUCAGUUCGUGCUGGUGUUCCUGCACGCGUUCCAGCUGUUGUUCAUCGACUGCGACUACCCUCGCGCCUUCGUCUGGUGGAUCGGCAUGCACGCUGUACUCUUCUACUACCUAUUCUCAGACUUCUACAAACAGGCCUACCUCAAGAAAGCCAAAAGAGAAAAAGCCAAAGUAAAGGUUGAGGCAGAGGCCUUGAAGUCAGAUACGAAAGAAAGGAUGCUGCCUCUACUCAACGGCUUCAGCAAUGGAUCCGCGCUCGGCGAUGUCCGGCAAAGGAUGGCGGGCGCAGUCGCGUCGCAAUGAUCGCCUCCUUGGUACCCCUAGUUUGAAGAAUCUCAUCGCACCGAGUGAAUACACUAUGUGUACUCACAAGAAUUCCUUUAAUUACAAAUACUAAUCUAACCUUGUUACGGGUGACGCGUCGGCUCUGCCACAUAGCCCUAACAAACAAAUAGCAGUUGGCACGAAACGUGCUUUAUAUCGAUCAUAAAUUACAUGUCAUUAUCGAUUCUUACUGAUACGAUGGUGCACGAUAGUGUCGUGUCACUAAAAGCAAUGUUGCAUCAUCCUGAUGAGUUAAAGCAAUCGAUAAUCUGGCUAAAGUACAAAAGACGAGAGUCGAAAAUUGCCCGGACACCGCCGCGGUACCCGACGAGACUAUAAGCUCAAUUAGUUAUAGGUUAAUUGUAUACGUAGCUCAGUAGUGAUAGUAGUUGUAAUUUAUUCAAACCGAUUACUGUAAGUCUGUAGGAUUCUAAACGAUAACGAUUCUUGACUAUAUAUUCGGGCACGGAUAUGGUAGGACUAAGAUAGAGCCAGUAUUUCCAUUUGUAAACAUGUAAUUAGGAUGUUUCUGGUAGACAUCGAUAGAAAUGGUUAAGUUUUAGCGCUGUCAAAUUUGUUGUCUGAAUUUGUAUUAAAAAAUUGCCGUUUGAACGCUUAUCUGCAUCUCUUUGUUGUGUUAUUUGAAAAAAAGAGAGCAUCAUUUUUCAUGAACAAUAAAAGUAUCAUAAAAUGGUUAAAGUAUGAAAUUACCGUUGCAUUUAUAAAAAAAACAAAAACUUUUCAGCACAAGCCAUUCUCAUCUUGAGUAAUUUGUGACAUUCCAUGAAACUAUUUUUAUUUGUACCUAUUGUUGAAAAGUGUUCGUAUUAAAUAUGUAUUAUCUGACAAUUAAGGAGACUAGUCUAGAAUUCUCUAAUCAUAUAGGGAAUCUCACAAGUAAAACUUUGCCUUUAUUUAUUACAUAAUAUCUUUGUAGCAAAUAUACGCACCUGAAUGAUUUGACAUCGGUAAUUUCAUACAUUAACACUUAAUAAUAUGUAAUAUAAAUUUAUCUUUCGAUUUGACGAAGUACGUCAAAUAUGUUUACGCACAUAAGAUCGACGGAAUAAUGUAGUAAAUAAAUAAACUGACAGUCAGUCUCAAUAACAUAUUAUUAUCAUCUGUCCGUAGAUUUUUUACUAAAGAUUUAGGAUUUGUCGUAGGAGGUUGAGGGGGUACUACUUAGAAUAGUGACGUCAUCAGUGCAGACGCCUCAUUUUUCGUGGAACUGGUCACCUCACUAAGGAUUCCUCGUCCACAUAAUUUUGACAGCUUAUGUCAAAGAUUUACCAAAAGAAAGGUUAUUCAGACUGGCCGUAAGAUUAUUAAUUUCCUUGUAGGUAUUACGCCAUUAAGUAGGUAAAAGAUUACCAUCGUACUCAGAGACAUUUAAGGUUACUUGGUACUACGCUAUUCCUUGGUAACGAUUUUGUUUCGAAGACGAUUGCUAAGGAUUGUUAACCAUUAUGACUCUGAGUACGGCGGGUAAAAAGUUAUUGGUGUGACCAGCUGAUGACUGAAUACACAUACAAAGUCAUUGCUAGGUAACUAUAAUAGGAAACGAUUUAAAGAAUUUUUGGAGGUACUGAAAAUGAUUGGUUUUAAGUAAUUGAAAUACAUCACAUCGAGAUUAUUGUAAUCAUAUUGUUUAUGUAUCUACGUUUUCAUAACGAGUAAAUUGAAUCGUCGAUGGAGUAGGGGCUUACUUUAUAUUAGGUAUAUAGACAAAUUCACAUCUCCAUUGCUAAUCCUAAUACUAUAUCUUGACCCUUAUUUAUUUGGCAAAAUGAAGUAUAUAAAGUAUAUGGGAAAUUACAUCGAAGUUAUUUUUUUCUAUUUAGAUCAUAAAGAUUAUAAACAUCAAUGCAAUGUAAAUCAAAUUGUAAUGUAAUCCGAUUCUGUCUUAUGUGUGUUUAAGUGCAAAGCGCCUGAAAAGUCAUCAAGUCUUAUAGUUUUCUAAAAAAGUUUUCUUUAAAUUCUUUCAAAAGUCAAAUUGUUCAAAAUAUUUGAUGAUUUCUCAGGUUAUAAUUUUUCCAGGUUUCAGUUAUUGUAAAGUUUUCAGGAAUCCAAGGCUAUUCACAUAAUUUAUGUACAUAUAUAGGUACCUAACAUCGACAUGCUGUAAAUAUGUUAAAGGGUAAUCGUACAUUUAUACUUUGUGAUACAUAAGUUAAUAAAAGAGAAUUUAAUAUUUA